AACAGAGUGGUUGUGUUUGUAUCUUCAGUGCAGUGUUUUGUUGGCACAAAUCCAGUUUCUUGAUUGUUGCAUUGAAAAGUUCUGACAAACAUGGAAGAAAUGGAAAAUUACGAGCAGCAUUUAAAUGCAGCACAGCAAGGACGUGGAUUCUACCUUUAACAGGUGAGACAGUCACGCCCCCUCACAGGUGAGGCAAACCCAGAGGAUUGUGCCGCUUCAUGAGCAGGUUGAGCUCGGUUUGGACCCCGGUUUGGUCGGAAGUUGAUUCUCAGCUGUUUCCUUCCUCCGGUUUUUUCUUUGAAGAGUUAAAAAAAAAAAAAACUUGUCGGGCAAGAGGCUCCAGACAAAGAUCGUUUAUACCAGUUUUAGUUGUGGAUCAUCGCGUCAGUGAAGGAGGACAGCCCAUCCAUCUGAAUGGAUCGAUUUGGUGACUUGGAUCUGGAAUGUGACGACGAAGGAAGCGCUCCUAAAACGAGUCUGUUUGGAGGGAAGUUGAAGAUUCACUCAAAACCUGCAGAUGCAUUAACCAAAGCACAGACUUCAUCACAAAACCUUGAAAUUCCUACAAAUGAUGACGACCAGAUGGACAAGUCAUCAAAGGAGGCAGGAAAGUCGUUCAGCGGGAUGUUUAAAAAGUCUCCCAAACUGGAUCGAGUGGACAAAAAAUCCCAGGAGGAUUUGUCGUCACAGAGUGAGCUCUCUGGAAGCACAAACAGUCUCUCCAAGUCGAAGGAGUCGAGUGGUAUUUUAGGACGGAUGUUCAAGAAAAGCCCAAAGCCCUCUGAAGCUAGAUCUCAGGAGGAUUUGUCCGGUGGCAGUGAGCCGUCGGGGAGCACCGAUGAUCUGUCUGAAAACCCCAGCAAGGAAAAAGGAACAUUCUUCGGUGGCAUGUUCAAGAAAAGAGGUGCCAAAUUUCAGUCACAGGAGGAUUUAUCUGUGGAUGACGAUGGCCUUGUUCCCACAGAGCAGUCUGUGAAGGAACAUGAACAUGAACAUAAAGAAAAAUCUGGACUUUCAAAAGAGAAAAUUUCUCCUGUGCAAAAGCCUAAAUCUAAACAGGCAGAUGGAAUGACGAAGAGCACGUUUUACACUGAGACUCCAGAAAACAUCUUCAAUCAUGAUGAUGAGCCAUUAGAUAAUGGAGAAAUCAAGCAGAGUCACAAACAGAGUAAACUGGCUGGAGCGGUGUCCAAACUGAAUCCGUUUCGCUCUGCAAACAAACAGGAGAAACUGACUGGAUCUGAAGACGAGGAUUCACCCGCCAGCAGCAGGAAGGUUUCUGGGGACAAACAGAGCGCCGUGGCUGAAAUGGCGUCCAAGCUGAAUCCGUUCCGCUCUGCAAAUAAUCAGGUCAAAAGUAAUCCAGACGUGAGGGGAAAAAGUGAAACGCCCACAGUUCCACCCAGACCCACUGAAGAGGAGAUGAAGAGAACCUCCACACACAACAAAGUGAAACCGAGCAAAACGGAAGACAAGAAAAAGGGCUCCAACACCAACGAUGACGAGAAAUUCAACAAUGAAGAGAAUCCUCCCAGCCACAAACAGAACUCUGUGGUUGAAGCGAUGUCCAAACUGAACCCGUUCCGCUCUGCCAAUAACAGGACCAAUGAAAACGCAGAAACACCCAAGGAGACGGCAGAACCGCUGGAGCAGAAGCCCGAGCUGGUCAGGAGUAAUACGACCCAGCAGGAAAGGAGGAUGAGGAACCUGGCACCACCAGUCCCACCCAGACCCACUGAAGAGGAGAUCAGAGGGGCGUCUCCAAAUGAGGACAAACCCAGGAAAACCAAGGACAAGGAGAGCAAUCCCAGAGAGAAGAAAGAAGAUCCUGUUGGAGCCUCUGUGGAGAGUCAAUCUGGUGUCAACAAGGAUGAGGAAUCUGUUCAGAGAGAAAGUAACAGGAACGACCCAGAGAGCAAUAAGACUGAAGAUGAAGAUAAAGACUCUUCAUCAAAAGAGGACAGAGGAGAAGAAGAUGGUGAUGAAAAAGAAAAAGCAAAGGCCAAAGUUAGGAAACCCAAGAAGCACAACCCGUUCAUGCCUCGAGUCAAGGCUAAAGUGAAACAAAGGAAUGCAGAAGAAAGAGCUGCAGAGAACCCUGCAGAGAAUGAAGGAGCCAACAGGUCUCUGUUUGAUCAACUGGAAGACUUCCGCGUUGACCCCAGACCACCUGAAAACAGCGAGGAUGUGGAGGAUCUCAUGGACUGGUGGAACACAGUGGAAUCAUGGGAGGACACGCCUCAGGAUGAUGACAUGACAGAAAAAGAGGAAGCCAAAGCGUUUGCUGUGACGGCAGAGAAAGUGCAAAAGGGCAUCCAUGUCUUCAACAAGCUCUUCUCUGAGCGAGGCGAGAGCCUCUGGCAGCACAUCAUGGACCUCAACGCCAUCGCCGAUGGCCUGGACAAGUUCAACAAGAAGACCAAGAUCGCUCAAAUCACCGGCGGCUCCACCAGUGCCAUUGGGGGAGUUGCGACCAUCACUGGCCUGGCUUUGGCUCCGGUCACCAUGGGAACCUCCCUGAUUGUGACGGCUGUAGGCUUAGGUGUUGCCACGGCAGGGGGUCUCACAUCAGCGGGUGCCGGCAUCUCCAACCAGGUCAACAACUCUAUGGAUCGCAAGAAAGUGGAGAAAAUUGUUGAGGACUACCAGGAAAAGAUCGCCGACUUUAACAAGUGCCUGAAGUUCAUCAAGCAGGGGAUUGACAACCUGCGCAAGUUCAACCUCCUCAAAAUGAAAAACCACGCGUACAACCAGGACUUCCCCGCGCUCACCAGUAGUUUCUACGAAGACGGCGCCAUGGCAGGAAAGGCCAUCCUCAUCAACGCCAACGAGAUCAUGCGUGUGGUGCAGAUCGCCAAUGUGGCUGGAAGCACGGCAGGCAGGGCGGUCCAGGUCGCCAGUAUGGCCACCGGUGUGCUCACUGGCCUUUUCGUGGGUAUGGACAUAUACUUUGUGGCUAAAGACUCUAAAAUACUAAAAAAGGGUGCAAAAUCUGAGUUUGCUGCUAAAAUCAGAGAGGUGGCAGAGCAGCUACACGACGGCCUGGUGGAGCUGAACACCAUACGAAUGGAGCUGCAGUCCACUCAACCAGAAAACAACACGGGCGACGAUGGCGCGCCCGUAGAGGAGAAGAAAAUGGGGGAGGAGAAAAAGUACAGCAGCUCAGAUGAAGACGAGAUCGACCAAAUUAAAAAACAAAUCAAGAAGGACAUUGAGAAUAGAGAAUAUGUUUAACAAAAAAAUUCUGGAGAUGCCUCAGAACUGUUGAACAAAAGGUUACAAUUCGUAAUCUAUUUCCCAAUUUUAAAUUUGUUUCUUUUUUAAGCCAACUGCCUCCUCAUGUACAGGAACAAGACAGCUCUUAGACAGUUUUUGCAAUAUCUUUUACAAGUAAACCUUUUUUUAUUUACAUUUUAAGUCCAGAGAGUAAAUUUUUACCUUAAAAAGAAAUUUAGAUCAGAAGAGAAUUUAUCAAAUCAUAAAGUUCAAAUAGAUUAUUACCGUUCAAAGACAUUUUUUUUUUUUCACUAAGCAGACCUUAAAUGGACUUUUAAGGUAAUUAAAAUUGUAUUUGGACAGUAAAACAUUUGAUCAAGUUUAAAAAGUUGGAUUUAAUUCCAUUUUUUAGACUGUGUAUUAAUAAACCAUGGAAAGUUU